UUGCUAAAAGGCAGAACUGGGAUUCGAACCCUCAACCUUUCGAUUAAUAGGGCCUGAAGCUCCUCCCACUGUCCCGCUCUACACUAGAGGUUAAUGAUGCUGAGAGCAGCAGUGAUGAUGCACACAUUGUGACAUCAUCAUGAUGACAUCACCACACUCCAAACCUCUGGUAUAAAUAGCCGCGUUUCGUGUGUUUGUGCUCAUUUGAUCUGAGACGCCGAGACAGUAAGCAGCAUGAACAUGUUCUCCUGUUGGACUUCUCCAUCUGACGAUGACGAGCCGCACAGGCGGGUAAACGAACCGGAGAAGAAGGUAAAGAAGAGAAAAUGGUGGCAGAGACGCCAGAAGGUGGAGAUGCAGGACGUGGAGGGUCAGGAGGGAAGCGGGGUAAAGGGUGAAGAGAUGGGGCAAGGAGUGGAGCAGAAUGUUUUAGAGGACCAGGCAGACCAAAUACCAAAGAUGGAGAAGCAGGUGGUUCUGGGAAAAACCAAACCUGAGAAGAAAGUAAAGAAGAGAAAAUGGUGGCAGAGACGCCAGAAGGUAGAGAUGCAGGACGUGGAGGGUCAGGAGGGAAGCGGGGUAAAGGGUGAAGAGAUGGGGCAAGGAGUGGGGCAGAAUGUUUUAGAGGACCAGGCAGACCAAAUACCAAAGAUGGAGAAGCAGGUAAAGAAGAGAAAAUGGUGGCAGAGACGCCAGAAGGUAGAGAUGCAGGUGGCCUCACAGGACCUGGUGAAAGAACCAGAGCAGGUCGUCCUAAAGGACCAGAGGAGGGAACCAGUAAACAAGGUGGUUCUGGUGUCUGAGAUUGAGAUGAAGAAGUUAGAGCAGGUGGACCCAGUGGAGCAGGUGGACCCAGUGGAAAAAACAGACCAAGUCGUGAAGAAGGCCCAAAGGCAGGUGGACCCAGUGGAAAAACCAGACAAGGUUGUGAAGAAGGUAGAGAGGCAGAUGGCCCCAGAGGAAAAACCAGACCAGGUUGUGAAGAAGGUAGAGAGGCAAAUGGCCCCAGAGGAAAAACCAGACCAGGUUGUGAAGAAGGUAGAGAGACAGGUGGACCCAGAGGAAAAACCAGACCAGGUUGUGAAGAAGGUAGAGAGGCAGAUGGCCCCGCUGAACCUGGUUGAAGAACCAGAGCAGGUCAUCCUAAUAAACCAGUGGAAGGACCAUGUAAAAAAUAGGGUUCGUUUCAUUGAGAAUGAGAUAAAGAAGGCCGAGAGGCAGGUGGACCCAGUGGAAAAACCAGACCAGGUCGUGAAGAAGGCCGAGAGGCAGGUGGACCCAGAGGAAAAACCAGACCAGGUUGUGAAGAACGUAGAGAGGCAGAUGGCCCCGCUGAACCUGGUGGAAGAACCAGAACAGGUCAUCCUAAUAAACCAGUGGAAGGAACAUGUAAAAAAUAGGGUUCGUUUCAUUGAGAAUGAGAUCAAAAAGGCAGAGAGGCAGGUGGACCAAGAGGAAAAACCAGACCAGGUCGUGAAGAAGGCCGAGAGGCAGGUGGACCCAGAGGAAAAACCAGACCAGGUCGUGAAGAAGGCCGAGAGGCAGGUGGACCCAGAGGAAAAACCAGACCAGGUUGUGAAGAAGGUAGAGAGGCAGAUGGCCCCGCUGAACCUGGUGGAAGAACCAGAGCAGGUCAUCCUAAUAAACCAGUGGAAGGAACAUGUAAAAAAUAGGGUUCGUUUCAUUGAGAAUGAGAUAAAGAAGGCCGAGAGGCAGAUGGACCGAGUGGAAAAACCAGACCAGGUUGUGAAGAAGGUAGAGAGGCAGGUGGACCCAGUGGACACAGUGUUAAAACCAAAGCAGGUAGGAAAGAACCAGAUUGAAAUAAAGAAGCCAAAUUUAGAGGAGAAAAUGGUCCUCAAAAACCUGGAGAGGAUGGAGAACAAAAGGCUGGAGAAGCAGGUGCUUCAGAUGGACCAGAUGACAAAGGUAGAAGAACGAGUGGAUCAGGUAGGUUUGAAGACUAAGGUUAAUAAACCUGAGAAGCAGGUGUGUCUACAGGACAGGCAGGUGGUUCUAGUGAACCGGGUGAAGGAACCAGACAGGGAUGAAGCACCUGAGCACCAGUGGACAGAACUGGAGGAGCCAGCAGCUUUGGAGCACCAAACAUGGAAACUGAAGGAGCAGAACCUGGAUAGAGGAUGCACUGAAGAUCCACUGAAGAACAUCUCCGAGGCGUCUUCAAACCUACCGGACCACGAGCAGCUGCAGGACGACGUUCUUGUUCCCCCCAUCGUCGAAGCCCAACCUGGAGAGUCCGGGGCUCUGAUGGAGACCGCGCGUGAAGAUGAAGGUGUCCCGAUGCCGAAGUCGAGGAGAGCCAGCCUGAGAACCAAACGGUUCCAGUUCUUCAACGCCUGAAGCUGAGGUGGUGACGAUCCGGAGAUCAUCCAAUCACACGCCGACUUUUCCAACAUCAAAAUAACAAUAAAGUGCCUUCAUGAA